AUGAUUCGCUCACCAGAUAGCAAAAUUAGCAAAUCAAACCCUGAUUUAUGCACGAGUAUUGAGACGAGUACCAACGUCACGCAGAGGAAGCGGAAGCAGCCUGACUGUGAGUUUACCCAGGCUAUUGCCGUGUUGUCUACUGAGUUGAAGAAGAAUAUUGACGAUCUCCGAGCUGAUAAGAAUAACCAGUUCACGAAUAUUAUUGUGAAUAUUAAUAACCUUCGGGAAGAUUUCAAUACCUUGUCGCUGACUUCGGCACUAAUUCAAAAUAAAGUUAAGGAACUGCGUGCGGAAUAUGUCGCUAUUAAAAAGGACAUGUCGCAGCUAGACACUAAGCACGAUGAAUUAUCACAGACUCUUACUGAGUUGAAGUCUACAGUAAAUUUUGGCUCGGAUAACUAUGUGGAUUGUGAAAGGGGCCUAAAAGAACUGGAACGAAAUAUGAAUAAUCAGGCUGCCUCGACUGUUGAACUAUUGGAAAGAAAGAUCGAUUCUUUGGAGCAACAGGCGAAGCAGUGUAAUGUUGAGAUAGGAAAUAUGCAGGAAAGGCGCGCCGCCAUGUCAAACAAGUUCAAGUUCGUGUGGGUCCGGAAUGCAACUGUCUUGGUCAAGGAAUCUGAAGACUCCUCUACAUUCGCCAUACGUACGCGGUACGGAAGAUGA